AUGUCGACGGGAACCCCCCCCGAAGUGCCCACCCGCUCCCCCCUCCUGAUCGCCAUCUCGGGCCCAUCCGGCGCCGGAAAGACCACGUUGACCCGUCACCUCCAAGCCAUCUUCUCCCCACCCCCACCCCCGCGGCUCCACCAGGACGACUUCUACGUCGACGAGGAGAAGGUCCCCAUAUCGCCCGAGUCCGGUCUGAGGGACUGGGACAGCCCCGAGGCCAUGGACUGGGACCGCUUCGUGCAUGCUCUGCGUGAGAUGAAGCGUGCGGGGCGGGUAGUUGGGGUGGACAGUUUCGAGGAUUUGGUCGAGUUUGAUAAGGGCGGGGGGGGAGUCGAGGGGGCGGUUGUGGAGGGGUGUAAGGGCAAGGUUGCUAAGGAGUUGGGAGGGGGGGAAGGGCUGGCAUUUGUGGAGGGCUUCCUGAUGUUUGUUGAUGAGCGCGUGAUGGAGGCUUUGGAUGUCAAGAUAUUCUUGCGCUGCCGGCGUGAUGUCGCCAGACUGAGGAGGGAGGGGAGGAGUGUUUACGCCGAUAUCGAAGGUUCGUUCCCUCUCCCCUCGCCCCCCCCCCCUCCAUUCCAUUUGCCGCCUCAGUAGAGCCUUUUGUUGAUGCGGGGUUUUUUUUUUCGGGGGUGGGUAGGGUACUGGAAGGACCCACCCGGGUAUUGGGAUAAGAUUGUUUGGCCGGAUUACGUGAGUUUGUUACAAUCUACUAUACAAGGCGGUGUUGAUGCGGAGGUUCUAAUACGUCGCAGGUAAAAACUCAUAAACGUUUGUUCGUGAACGGCAAUGUAGAAGGGGAACUCGAUGAAGAAGUAAUCUCCUCGCAGGGAAUUCACUCCCCGGGUAUAGACUGGUCAAUGAGCGAAAUAUUGUCGUGGGCUGUGGACCUGAUUAUCGUGGAAAUGAAGAAGCGGAAGCAGUAG